AUGAAGAACAAGAAGAACCACGGCGAGAACAAAGGGAAGAAGAAGAUGAUGAAGAACAAGGGUAAUUCCAAGCCUGACAAACCAUCACACAAUGAUGACAAUACCAUUGACGAUCCUCGAUUUUCAUCUGUUCACACUGAUCCUUCGUUUCCCGCGAGGCUCCAAAGCAUCAAACAAAGGUUUCAAUUGAUUCUCGAUUCCACCGCAUGUUCACUCACAAGAGUUUUAUGCCUUCUUCUGCUCCUGUUGAUAAGAGAGGGUAAACCUAAAGAUAAAGCUAAUUCGCAACCACAUUCGCUUCGCCAUUACUAUAAAAUUGACGAAGAUGACAGAAAGAAAGUUGAUGAGGACAGUGAUGAUGAUGAAGAAGAGGGAUUGGUGAAAAUACCGAUACCUGAUGGAGAUAUAGAUGAGAAAGAUUAUGAAGAGGAAGCACCUGAAAUACAGGAAGAGAUAGCAGAGAUUGAGAAAGAAACUCACAGGCUUGCUGUUGUUAAUAUGGACUGGAGGUAUGUGAAGGCUGUGGACUUGUAUGUGUUAUUUUCUUCAUUAGCCCCGCCUAAUGGACUGAUCAAAAUCGAUAAUGGCGACAGUGAUGCUGACAAUGAGAAGCUGCGUGCAUAUGAGAAGAGCAGGAUGCGGUACUAUUUUGCUUUGGUGGAAUGUUUAUUCCGGACAAUAUGGAUUUCAAACAGCCACCCUAAGGAUGUUGCAACAGAGACACCUGCAAACUAUGAGAACAAGGAUUUCUAUUCCCGGGCACUUCAGCACAGUAAAGUUGAACUUACUUGGGAUGAGGAUGAACCUGCACGAGCAAAUACUUUGAAGCGCAAAUUCAAUGAUGAGCAGCUGGCUCAGUUGGAAAUGGAUGAAUUAGUUGCAUCUGAUGUGAGUGAAAGUGAUGACAGUGAGGAUAACAAUGAGACUGAUGGUCAUGCUGAUAAAAAGGCUAGAAAAAAAAGCAAUGUAUAUUAA